AUGAAGCUAUUACCAAUUUUCCUCACAAUAGUAUUUGCAAGCUCACUUCUCAUGAACUUGAGACAGCAAGCUGAACAAGCACGUUCAGGCAUAUCGCAGCAUGUAAGUUCACUAAAAUCCUUUGCAUCUGAGAACAUGCCUUCUCUUUCAGGAAUAAAGAGGAUUUUCGAAAACAUGAAAAAGAAAAUCUUGUCAAAAACUAAAUGUGAGAAGAAAAAACAUGACGAAGAGGAUGACGAAGAUUUUAACGUUAAUUCUUCAGCUUUGAAUGAAUUUCUUAAAAAAUUUGCUGAAGAGUUAUCUAAACAUCAACAGAAAAAUCAGGAAAAAACAUCAAUGCCGAAGGAUACUGAGAAUGUAGAUAAUCAUGAAGAAACUCAUGGACGUUCAGAAGAGGACGAAGAAAUUGAUGAGAAAGAUGAAUUAUAA